CAAUGGUGUAUAUAUUAUAUAGUGUCUAUAUGUCAUAAGAAACGUCAUAAAUUUUAUCAAAGGAACAACAAUUUAAGUCUGAUUAAUCUAUAAUUCUCAUCCUUACAUUUUCAUUGGCAUCAAAUUUAGGUAAUUUUUAGAAUAUAGCUUAAUAAAUGAGUAGGCCAAGAGGACGGCUCGCAAUUAGCUGUGUGGAAAGCUAAACGAUGUCUCCUACCGUCCACGUCAGCGUCUUAAAUCCUCAAAUCCCAUUGGCAACAAAAAAAACAUUGUGUAUAUAAAUACAUGCAUACUUAUCACUCUCUACUCACUUUUACAACUAACUCAUAAGUAAAACACAGACAGUUUUUAGAUGGCUAAGAUAUAUUCCCCUUCUUUUCCCGGUACUCUCUGUCUUUGCAUUUUUACUCUCUUGACGCUAAUGUUCAUUCGGGUUUCCGCUCGACCCGCGACAUUCGUCGAGGAUUUCAAAGCCGCCUGGUCGGAAUCUCACAUCCGUCAAAUGGAAGACGGAAAAGCUAUCCAGCUCGUCCUUGAUCAGAGCACUGGAUGUGGAUUUGCUUCCAAAAGAAAAUAUCUAUUCGGACGAGUGAGCAUGAAGAUCAAACUCAUUCCCGGAGACUCUGCCGGUACGGUCACCGCUUUCUACAUGAACUCCGAUACGGCCACGGUGAGAGACGAGCUAGAUUUUGAGUUCUUGGGAAACAGAAGUGGUCAACCUUACUCAGUGCAAACAAACAUAUUUGCUCAUGGCAAAGGAGAUAGAGAACAAAGAGUUAAUCUUUGGUUCGACCCAUCUAUGGAUUACCACACUUACACUAUCUUAUGGUCACACAAACACAUUGUUUUUUACGUAGACGAUGUGCCAAUAAGAGAAUACAAAAACAACGAAGCCAAGAACAUAGCUUACCCAACAUCACAACCUAUGGGAGUAUACUCAACAUUAUGGGAAGCAGAUGACUGGGCAACACGUGGUGGAUUAGAGAAAAUUGAUUGGAGCAAAGCUCCAUUUUAUGCUUAUUACAAAGAUUUCGACAUCGAAGGUUGUCCUGUUCCUGGACCAACCUUUUGUCCAUCGAACCCUCAUAAUUGGUGGGAAGGUUAUGCCUAUCAGUCUCUUAACGCCGUUGAAGCUCGACGUUACCGGUGGGUUAGAGUAAACCAUAUGGUUUAUGAUUAUUGUACUGACCGGUCUAGGUUUCCUGUCCCACCACCCGAGUGUCGUGCUUGAAAAUAAUUGCAUACGUACGUUGCAAUGAUCAUGUUUCGUCUUGUACGAGAUUUUAUAUAUAAAUUGUGGGAAAAUGUGGAUUGUAUUGUCCUCUUACGCAAUUGUGCAGACGUACGUGAGUGUGUAUAGAUAUAAUUGUGAUUUGUGGUUAUUUGAAAUUUUUAUAAACAUAGAUGAAUUCUGUGAAGACAAUUUAUUAUGUGACUGUGACCUUAUGGCUAGGCAUUGAUUGUUUCGAA